AUGCGGUACUCAAUUGCACUGACCGCGGUUGCGUUCUUGCCAGCGGUACAGAGUGCGGCUGCGAGUUCAACCCUACAUCGUCGGUGCGGGUUUGUCAACGACUUCUACCAUCAACAACCCGACGACUACAAUUAUUACGGAACGGGUGACUGGUUGAACUACUGGUGGGACGGUAACACGGAUGGAUGGAAAGACCAGGAUGGCUUCGUCAAAGCAUUCGGCCACUGGGGACUGGGCAACUUCAAUUUCAACUGCCACGACGAUGGUUCGGACAGUAAUUGCGAGGUCGGCAGUAAAAUCUGUGAUAAUGAAGUUCUCAAUAGCAAAGGGGAUGAGGCCCGCCAGACCUUCUAUGUGCUGACUUCUAUCUCGAAUUUGCAUGCAUAUUUCAAACGCGUCUCAGAGGCGUUGACUACUGCCGGUAUCGGCGCGGCUUUGAGCAAGGAUAACUGGGCUCAAACAUUUUAUGACUUUGAGAAGGAUGAGAGUGCCUUGGUUCUGAAAGAGGUUCUUAGCGGCGUUGCCACAAUCACGGGAAUGGUUCUUGGUCUUGCGGCACUUCCUGCUGAGGCUGCAAUCGGAGCGGCUGGGGCUGUUAGUGGGGCUUUCAUUGGCGGUGCGCUAGGUGGCACAAAUCUCGCGCUGGAUAGCCAUCAAGAUGAUACGUUCGAGAAAGCCGCAGAUCUGGGUGGCAUCCUCGGUAGCAUCUUCACGGAUACUCAGAAGGCCCUCACGCAGCAGAACGACGAUUUGAUGGAUGGCAAGAUUGUUAAUGAUCAUGAUAUCCGCUCCUACCUUGCGGACGGUAUGAUGAUGACGGAAGACAACAAGUGGAAUAAGAACAUGAUUGUCGACGCCCUUAAUGCCCAGCUGAUCGGCAUUUCUAUCAACCAGUUGUGGCGCCAACAGCGUGUCUUCAUCAUGGGUGGUGGUGCCUGCGGUGACGGACAGGGAAUUGGCGACGGACCCCAGGACACUAUGGUCUGUCGUGACGGCAAAGCCUGGUACCUCUACUACUGGGCCAUCCCCGGUGAUCGGCCGAAGACUGGACAGGGGCAGUUCGGCUAUGUGACAUUCCCUCCCGGUGCACAGGUUAUGGGCAAGGGUGACUACAAUGGUGUGACAGUUCAGGAUGUGAUCAACUCUUCUUUGGACGCGUGGAAUACUGCCGGUAACAACUACGACGAAGACGCCCGCAAGAACCGCGCUGAGGAGGCUGUGCAGGAGGGUUGGGCAAACCCAGCGGCUCAAGGUGCCUCUUGGGAAGGAAUCUUUACCAUUCCCGUCUGUGAUGUAGGAUGGGCUGUUGAUGGAGACUUGGAAAGGAAGGAUUGGGUUUUGCAACCCUACAGUAAAGACUCGCGCCCCAACUGGUGUGGUUCUAUCUGUGAGGGCGAUCACCAGAAGACCGUGGACUUUAUCAAUACUGCUCAGCUGGAUGGAGUUCAAAGCCCUAUUUACCAAUGUGGCUUGUACAAGGACUAUGACUCCAAGCUAAACUGA